GCCCCGGGCUGUGGGGCCGCUCGGUGUGGCCGCCAUGGCGACUCCGUGGGGAGGCCUCCCGCGUCUCGGCGCCUCGCUCAGCCUGUCCUGCCUGGCGCUGGCGGUGCUGCUGCUGGUGCGGACGGCCGCCGCCGCCAAGGGAGGAAGGGAGAAGAAUAGAAAGUUAGAAACAUCAAUGAGAGAGAACCAUCAAUCAGCUGCCUCCUGCACCCCCACCCCCACCCCCACUGGGGAUGUGCCCGCAACCAAGGUACAUGCCCUUGACCGGAAUCGAACCUGGGACCCUUCAGUCCGCAGGCUGACGCUCUAUCCACUGAGCCAAACUGGCCAAGGCCAGAUCCGGGAUUUUGAUUGGGGUUCUUGCUCAGGGAUUCUUGCAGAAGUCUUCCCUACCUUCCACCAGAAACAGGAACAGCAGCUCGUCUCCUUACUUUCAAAACCUUGCUGGCACCCUCUGCAUAUCUCUUGUCAUCACUUUAGAAUUCGGAGGAUGUUCGGUGUAAAUGUAUUUGUCCUCCCUAUAAAGAUAUUCCUGGACAUAUUUAUAAUAGGAACAUAUCCCAAAAAGAUUGCGAUUGCCUUCAUGUUGUGGAGCUCAUGUCUGUGAGGGAGCCUGACAUAGAAGCAUACUGUCUGCGCUGUGAAUGCAAAUAUGAGGAAAGAAGCUCUGUAACAAUCAAGGUUACCAUUAUAAUUUACCUGUCCAUUUUGGGUCUUCUACUUCUGUACAUGGUGUACCUUACUCUGGUUGAGCCCAUACUGAAGAGACGACUGUUUGGACACUCACAAUUAAUACAGAGUGAUGACGAUGUUGGGGUUAACAAAGAAAUGAUGGACAAUAGAAGUUACUCUAAUCUGCCAGAAAAAGUGCCUGUCUUCCCUGAUUCUGCCCACCUGCCGCUGAGCAGGUCCUUCUAUCUGGACCCCAUGGUCACUCUCCACUUGUACCCCGAGGCCCCGGUGCCAUCCCCUUACUUUGAAGACCUGCCGUUGCUGCCCUUUUCCAGUGAUUCGCUGGUCCUGGAAAAUUACAGUGAGCCCUGCCCCUUCUCCUUCCCAAUGCCUUAUCCAAAUUACAGGAGGUGCGACUACUCCUACGGGCCCUCCUUUAUCCGGAAAAGGAAUGAACGGGAAAGGCAGCGUGUGAAGUGUGUCAACGAAGGCUAUGCCCAGCUCCGACAUCACCUGCCGGAGGAGUACCUGGAGAAGCGACUCAGCAAAGUGGAAACCCUCAGAGCUGCAAUCAAGUACAUUCAUUACCUGCAGUCUCUCUUGCACCCUGAUAAGGCCGAGACUGAGAACAACCCUGGCAAAGGUCCCACCAUCACAGCAACUGCCAGCCGCCACACGGACCCUAUUUUUAGAAUCAUUUGACUCAGUGGAUCCAAAUAGAAACAAAUCAUAUCACAAAAUGGGGUUUCAUACCGUCAUGCAGUAGUUUUCCCUAAAUGUAAUUUCUGUGUGGGCAGGUAAUAGCUCGGAUUAACCUGUGCUGGAUAUUUCUUACCUGGGUUUCAGGUGCACUAAACAUCAUCUUCUCUAGAUUGAGAAGAUGCUUCUUAAGCACUUUAGGAGAGCCGGAGUCCCAGGAUUCUCUAUACCUCUCACCUUGCCCUUCUCACACCCUUCGCCAGAGUCUCAGCCAUGAGAUACUUAAAAGCAUUGAGUGAGGAAUGGUUCCUAAAUACUGGUAGUGCACUGUGCUAACCCUCAUGCUAAGCAAACACAACGAACUCCCUUGAUUUGUCAAA